GUCGCCCGCAGUCCCACGUCCCCGGCGCGCGGGUCCCACCGGUCUCGGCCCUCCCACUUCAUCCCUCCUCUCUUCGGUUCUCCGCGCGUAGCCUCGGCCCGGGCUUUGCUGGAGGAAAGAAGGAGGAAAAGCAGGAAGGCACGGAGUCCCCGGCCCUCGCCCUGGCUCAGCUGUCCCCCUCGCGCGGAAUGGAUUUGAGGUUGCUCGGGGGCCCCUUGGAGCCUCAGCAGGGAGCUGCCGUGCCAGCAGAUGGGGAGACGUGGUCCCCCGUGGGAACGGGACCCCUGGCCUGCGCCAAGUGGGUCCCGUACCGGGGUAGGAGGGAUUCCCAGGAGCGGAAUGGUAAGGACGACUUCCCCCGGACUCACUCACAACCCCCCCACGGAAAAAUCCACUCAGCGGCCCGCGGGUGGGGUGCGCCACGGGGUGAGUAAUCGCUCGGGCGGCCGCCGUCCGCCAACUCCAGGUAACGCCGGCCGCCCGGAGCGACGCAUAGUUUGUCUUGCUGCUUUUUGCGAGAAGAGCCUUCUCGGUGUUAUUAUUUUUGGCCAUUGCUCGGGUUUCGGGACCCCUUCCGGCCCGGGCGCCUCAUCUCCCUUCUCUCCGUCCCCACCCGAUCCGGGCGCCCACGAGAAAAACGAUUCCUGGCCUCUAAGGCCCCCGCGGAAGGGGGGUGCCUGAAAUGAGAGUACCCAGGCGGUCCCAGGCCGGCGGUUGGGGUCGCAGCCCCGCCCCCAUCUGCAGUGUCCUGGGAGCGAACCAGCUCUAAGUCCCCUUUGCAGGAAUUCCCUUAGCGGCCUGCACCCUCCUCCCAUGUCCCCAGGCAACCAAGUGGGUAAAAGUGUCCAAAGGGGCCUCAAGGCUGUCCCCCAGACCUCGGAUCCCAGUUCAAACUCCAGACUGUCAAAAAAGAUUUGAGGAUAGGGCCUGGGGGCUGAGGGUGUGCCCCCAUCUGGACCUGGGAUAGGGAGGAGGGAGGCAUAGCCAAGGACGGGGCACUGUCAUUUACUGGGGCAAACCAGGUCUCUUGUGUCUCAGUUUCUUCCCCUGCACAGUGGGCAACCACCAGCCAAAAGGCUUUGGUGAGAGGAUGCCACACCGCAGAAGUCUCCACAGUCUAAGCGCUUAGCACAGCACUGCACAUUCUCCUGGAGCAGAGGUGGUCCACAGCCCUGUGUGUCCCCAGAGACAAAUGGAGCCCAGCGGGUUAAGUGGAGGUGGCAGUGCUUGGCUGGAAUUGUGCUUCCCGAUGCUUGCCACCCCUCCCCCACAGCCCCUGCCCUGCAGAUGUUCCCUGUGGGGGUAGAGAUGUCUGGUCCCUUCCUGGGAGGACUUCAGGCUUGUGGAACAAACUCAUGAUAUUUUUCCCCCAUCUCUGCUCCUCCCCCAAUUAUUUCAUCCUCAGGAAAGGGCUCCCCCAUCCACCCAGGUGCUCAGGCCAGAGACCUGGAAGCGCGCGUGACAACUCUCUCCUUCACUCAUCCCACAUGUCCAAUCCAUCAGCAAAUCCUGUUGGCUCUGAUUCCAAAACACAUCCCCAUCCUGAGAUUCGGACCUUUCUCCCCAUUCAUUUCGGAUCCAGGGUCCACGGUCUCUUUGGGGGAUGCCUCCUGGCCUCCUCCUCUGGGGCUUCCCUGAUAACCCUCCUACCUUGAUCUGCACAGUAGGCAGGGGAGCUUUUAAGAGAAGUAAAGAGUAUUGUCUCUGCCCUGACACCCCCUCCCUCAUCUCUCUCUCCUCUUCUCCCCUCUCCUGCCCUCCUUCAUUCAGCUCCAGCCACUGCAGCCCUGUUUCCCCAAACACGCCGAUCCAAGGGCCGUUGUGCAUUGGCUUAAACCCUGCUGCAGUGCUGUUCCCCAAAUCUCCCCCAGUCAGCCCCUCCUCUGCCAUCAGGCCACAGGUCCAAUUCACCUCAGAGAGGCCUCCCACCUUUCCCAGGCACUCUCCCUCCCCUUUACUUCAUUUUGUUUUCUUUGUUAACAACAGGUCUUCGAACAGCUUAUUUCUCCAGCAACUUCUUUUUUUUUAGACUGUGAGCACCCUGAGUGAUCUUGGGGACCCCAUGCUGGGCCCAGCAAGGGCUGAACGUUCAAUAAAUAUUUGCAAAAUGAAAGGAAGGAGGUGGAUGCUCAGUUCCUCUAAGUGGCAAGAAAAUUCAGUCCCACGCUGACGGAGAUGCCCCGCCCGCGGUUACCAGGGAGACGUCAUGGGACCCCCCGAGAUGGGACCGACGGCUGCCUCACUCGGGUGACGUCAGCGCCCCGGUCUCCGCCACGGCCGCCGCAUCCUCCACUCCCGCCGGGAGCCGGAGUGCCCCGCGCUUGGCCGAGCCAUGGCUGCGGUGGCACUGAUGCCGCCGCCGCUGCUGCUGCUGCUGCUGCUGCUGGCAUCGUCGCCCUCUGCCUCGGCGCCGCCCGCCCGAGACCCUUUCGCCCCGCAGCUCGGGGACACGCAGAAUUGCCAGCUGCGGUGCCGCGACCGCGACUUCAGCCCGCGGCCCUCGCAGGCGGAGCCCGAGGGCCUCUCCGAGUCUCCCUAUGACAGGGCGGUUCUGAUCAGCGCCUGUGAGCGAGGCUGCCGCCUAUUCUCCAUCUGCCGGUUUGUAGCCAGGAGCUCCAAGCCCAACGCCACCCAGACUGAGUGUGAAGCAGCCUGCGUGGAAGCCUACGUGAAGGACAUGGAGCAGCAGGCCUGCAGCCAGGGCUGCUGGAGCCAGCCCCCGGAGCCAGAGCCUGAGCCGGAGCAGAAGAGAAAGGUCCUGGAAGCUCCGAGUGGGGCCCUCUCCCUCCUGGACUUGUUUUCCACCCUCUGCAAUGACCUUGUCAACUCAGCCCAGGGCUUCGUGUCCUCUACCUGGACGUACUACUUGCAGACUGACAAUGGGAAGGUGGUGGUGUUCCAGACCCAGCCCAUGGUAGAGAGCCUUGGGUUCCAGGGGGACCGUCUGCAGCGAGUGGAGGUGACCUGGCGGGGAUCCCAGCCUGAGGCCUUGGAGGUGCAUGUGGACCCCGUAGGCCCUUUGGAUAAGGUGAAGAAGGCGAAGAUCCGAGUCAAGACCAGCAGCAAGGCCAAAGUGGAGUCCGAAGAACCUCAGGACAAUGACUUCCUCAGUUGCAUGUCCCGGCGCUCUGGGCUGCCUCGCUGGAUCCUGGCCUGCUGCCUCUUCCUGUCCGUGCUGGUCAUGCUCUGGCUAAGCUGCUCCACCCUGGUGACCGCACCGGGCCAGCACCUCAAGUUCCAGCGGCUCACCCUGGAGCAGCACAAGGGCUUCAUGAUCGAGCCUGACUGGCCCCUGUACCCUCCACCGUCGCACACCUAUGAAGACAGCCUGCUACCCUACAAGCUGAAGCUGGACCUGACCAAGCUGUAGGAGGCCCGGCCACUGCCCAGUGUGUGCAGGGGCCCCACAGGCCUCACUUGCCCUGCGCCUGGGAGUCCAAGGCCAGGGUGGGACCUUCCCUGGGUUCCUCCAGCCCCAAGUUCUUUUUCUCCCCCAGUCCCACCCUCUAGCCCCCUGAGUACUGGGGAAGCGAUGCCUCGGCUGGGGGCGGGGGCGGGGGUCCUGGGAUCUGGCCUUGAUCCCUCCCCGUCCUGCUGUCCCAAGGGCUCUCCCAGGGGCAUGCUACUUUUUGUCUUCUAUCUUGUGGCUUUCUGAGUAUAUGAACACCAGUCCUGUGUCGUCUUCCUUCUUCCUUCUCUCUCCCCUCUCUGGGGGGUUUCGGGGAUGAGGCUGCAGGGGUGCUGCCUCCUGUUGGGGCCUGCCCCCCCUCCUUUCCCUCCCUGCCUUCGGAGACCCAGCUCCCAAGAGGGUGGGGGUGAGCUAGCAGCUCUGCGCCCGGGGCGGGGGGCAGGAGGGGUGUGGUGGGGCACAGCAUGGGAUGGGGAGGAAUAAACCACGUAUAUGGAAGAGUCCUGAGCUCAGCCUGCUGUCCAUCUGCCUGUCUGCCUUUGGGGGUGUGGCCUGGACAUGGCCAUGACCCCUGCCCAGUGGGGCCUUCCUGACAUGAGGGAAGCCCCAGGAACUCCCUGGUGGCACAAAGAGCACAAACCAGCAGAGUCCCUUUCCUCCCGGCCCAGGUCACACACUCAGCUAGGGGUGUCUCAAAGAGUGGCCUGUGCCACCCGCCUGGCUUGGGAUGGUCAGUGUCCCUUCCUAGGCCUUGGUGUCCCUCCUGUGAAAUGGACAGGUCACAUCUUGAAGAGGAUAUAAUUUUGUAGCCACCUGGCUUCUCUUCCUCUUUCUUUUGGGGACAGAGCUCUGGUCCACUGGGGCAGUCUCAGGGCACUGUCCCUGGGCCGUGGCUAGGAGACCAAACCCAGCAUUCUUUCCCUGCACUUUGCAUUCAAGAGCACUUGAGCAGGACCAAGCCACACCCUGAGGAGGCCGCCACCCUGGCUGUCUGUCCUUCUGGUGCAUUCUGAGGAUGAUUUGUCCAGAUCCUGUCAUUAAAUUCCCUCUUAGCUUCA